CCAGUUGGAACACAAUGAUUAUUGAGACAUCCUUACUUGUAUUCGCUGUCUCCGGAUUAUGUGGUUCAGUGUACUCCUCUCCAAGCUUUCCUUCGAAGAGAGAGACCUCGAGCGGGCCAGCUGCAAGAGGUGAACAACUUUGCGAUGAGGGUUAUUUCAACUUGAAUAGCAGAGCUCGGCUGAGCUUCCGGAGAGAUGCGUUCGCAAGGUCCCACUCGGAGCGGACGAGUCAAAUACAUUGUAUCGAUUGUGGAGCGAGCGGUAUUCCUGAAGAGGUACACUGUUUCAACACCGACUUGACCUGGAACUCGGAUUCCGCCUGGACAUGCGAGGCAGAGUUCCCCGAUGAGAAAUCGAGGGUCGAGACAUCACUAAUCGAAUGCGUCAGUGCCUUCCGGGGCAUCUUCGAGCUGAGGAAAUGCGUCCAACAAGAUUCCUGCGUGGUGAGCUUGUCCCCGAGAGGCCGUUCCCGCGAUACCGGCAAGAAAGGUCUCAUCCCCAUAAUCGUUCUAGCAUUGGGGCUAAUUGGUAUCGUAGCCGUACUGGUACUCUACUUGCGAGUCAAGGAAUCGCGGUCGGUGUCCCCAAUCACAGUUCGAAGCCAGAGUCAGAUGGAAGCUCCACGAACAGAGUUCACUCGAGCACAUGAGCUGAACUUGAUGAGGGAGUCGGACUCGAUCACACCAUCCGCUCCUCCAGACUACGAUGCCCCGCCUGCUUACGAAUCCUGCGUGAAGUCAUUCCUGUCUUGAUUCGAUUAUCAGGGAAAACAUCUGUGGAGGAAGCGAAAUCUUUGACUCAGCCAACCGUGAGCCUUCCGAUGAGAGCCCAGAGAUAGAAAUGUUCAACCGAAUUUAGAUUUGUACACGAAUCGUAAAUAUAUCACGAA